AAAGUGUGUCAAGGCUCUUGAUCAGAGAAGUGGAAAUUGAGAUAAAGGCACUAACUAGGCUCAUGUUUUCGCCUGAUCAAGAAAAUCAUCCAUCAAAAGCACCAGUGAAGUAUGGUGAACUGAUCGUCUUAGGGUACAAUGGCUCUCUUCCAAACGGAGACAGAGGAAGAAGAAAAAGCAGAUUUGCUUUAUUCAAAAGGCCCAAAGCCAACGGGGUGAAACCAAGCACCGUACAUAUUGCCUGUACGCCCCAGGCAGCGAAGGCAAUAAGUAACAAGGACCAGCAUAGUAUAUCCUACACCUUGUCUCGCGUCCAGACGGUGGUGGUUGAAUACACACAUGACAGCAAUACGGAUAUGUUUCAGAUUGGCCGAUCGACAGAAAGCCCGAUCGAUUUCGUCGUGACCGAUACUGUUCCCGGCAGCCAAAGCAAUUCAGAGACUCAGUCCGUGCAAAGCACCAUCUCGCGGUUCGCCUGCAGGAUCAUAUGCGAACGCAACCCUCCUUUCACGGCAAGGAUCUACGCCGCCGGAUUUGACUCCUCCAAGAACAUUUUUUUAGGGGAGAAAGCAGCUAAGUGGAAGACCUCCGAUGGGCAAAUGGACGGGCUGACCACGAACGGGGUCCUUGUUAUGCAUCCGCGGAACGGCUUCACGGAAGACUCCAAGCCAGGGGUGUGGAGGGAGAUCUCUGUCUGUGGGAAUGUGUUCAGCCUCCGCGAAACGAGAUCUGCCCAGCAGAGGGGCAAAAUGGUCGAAAACGAAACCAACCAGCUCCAAGACGGCUCCCUGAUCGACCUGUGUGGCGCGACCCUGCUGUGGCGUACGGCGGAGGGCCUCUCCCGCACCCCGACCGUGAAGCAUCUGGAGGCUCUGCGGCAGGAAAUCAACGCGGCCAGGCCCCAGUGCCCGGUGGGUUUCAACACGCUGGCCUUCCCCAGCAUGAAGAGGAAAGAUGUGGUCGACGAGAAGCAGCCCUGGGUUUACCUGAACUGUGGCCACGUCCACGGCUACCACAACUGGGGGAACAAGGAAGAGAGAGACGGGAAGGAUCGGGAAUGUCCAAUGUGCCGCUCGGUCGGCCCUUACGUGCCUCUCUGGCUGGGAUGCGAAGCUGGGUUUUACGUGGACGCGGGGCCUCCGACUCACGCGUUCAGCCCGUGCGGACACGUCUGCUCGGAAAAGACAACUGCCUAUUGGUCCCAAAUCCCUCUACCGCACGGGACCCACACGUUUCACGCAGCCUGUCCCUUCUGCGCACACCAGCUUUCCGGCGAGCAGGGCUACAUCAGACUUAUCUUCCAAGGACCUCUCGACUAACACACACGGCUCGCCCCGGGACAUCAUUCAAAAACUCGUAAAAACAUAAGCUAAAGGAUUCUGAAUUCAAACGGACUGUCAUCUGAAAUCGACUAUUGUUUCAUUCUCUGGGCUUUGGCAGUUUACUUUGAGAUGAAGAAUACCUUUUUCUUCCUUUUCUCCGCCUCCCCCCCCCCUUUUUGUAAUUUCGGUGAUUAAACUCCUUUGUAGAUAAUGGAAGACGUUUUUCUGUGUAGAAGGAAGCAGCAGAGGCGGACUGGGGAGCGCCCGGAAGUCGUCCUUGGCCGUCACUUCUUUUGUGUGUGACGGGGAAGAUUAAGAUUCUUUGCCUUCGGUGUAAUGUUUUGAAGAACAUGCCUUCAAUAUCUAAAA